GCAUUUUCAUGCGGUCUCGGCAAAUCAAAAGAGCCUGAACUUGAGACGUCAAAAAAAAACAGAGAGGGAGGGACCGUACAGAUGGCAGUCAUAUUUUAAAGCAGAAAUAUAUAUAUAUAUUAGACUGAAUUCCGUUUAGUCUACCGUAAGUUCAGCCAGUAGAUCAGUAGAUGUCCACCCCUACGGAGCAUGCGGGUGGUAUGUCCCAGCCCCACCCGGGUCCCUCUCCGUGCCCAGGCCGGUCCCCAGGACCAGGCCCCUCCCCUAGCUCCGGACCCCCCAGCGGACCCCCCAGCCUACAGGGGCAGGGGGCUGGGGACUACCUUCAGGACACCAUGCUCCCCAUGCACCAGCCGAUGGAGGGCGUUGAUGAGAAGGGGAUGGGAGAUGAGACGAACUAUGGCCAGAUGAAGGGAGUUGGGAUGAGGGCACUACACAGCGGAAUGGGCCCUUCACAGAGCCCUCUGGACCAGCACAUCAACCAAGGCUACAUGCCCCCACAACCCUCCCCCCUGGGUGUCCCAGAGCACGCUUCCAGCCCCCUAUCCAGGGGCGGCCCUACGCCUCCCAUGCCCCCUCAGAUGUCCCCUGUCCCGUCGGGCUCCAUGAUACCCCAGAUGGACCCCCAGUCAGCCAUGGGUCCACAGGGGCCUCUUGGUCGUGGCUGCUCCUCCUUCAGCCCUGUCCAAUUACAGCAACUCCGGGCCCAGAUCCUGGCCUAUAAGAUUCUGGGGCGGGGCCAACCGCUUCCUGAAAACCUCCAGCUGGCGGUCCAGGGCAAGAGGAGUCUGCCCACCAUGCAGCAACAACAGCAGCAGCAGCCGAGUACUGGCAGCCCCUACAGCAGGCCUCCUGGUAUGUCCUCUAUGUCUGGCCCUCAGUCAGGCCCUGGUCCCACCAUCACUAUGCCAGGACAAAAUCAGACACACGGACCCAAACCCUGGCCUGAAGGCCAAGGUGGUGAUACUCCCAGCAACCCCCAGAAGCUUCUAGCUCCGCCCCCCAGUGGUAGACCCUCACCUGCCCCACCCCAGGCCCCUCCUCCUGGACCCAUGUCCGGCCCCUCUAUUACCCAUCAGCCCCAGGGACAGCAGCCGUCGCCCGUCAUCACACUGCAACAGAAACAGAACCGCGUUACGCCCAUCCAGAAACCACAGGGCCUGGACCCCACAGAGAUACUGCAGGAGAGAGAGUACAGGCUGCAGGCUCGUAUCGCUCACCGGAUCCGGGAGCUGGAGAGUCUACCUGGAGCUCUGCCUCCGGACCUGAGGAGUAAAGCCACAGUGGAACUCAAGGCUUUGAGACUUCUCAACUUCCAACGACAGCUGCGUCAGGAUGUGGUCCAGUGUAUGCGUAGAGACACCACCCUGGAGACAGCCCUGAACUCCAAGGCUUACAAGAGGAGCAAGCGCCAGACGCUGAGGGAGGCUCGCAUGACAGAGAAACUGGAGAAACAGCAGAAGAUGGAACAGGAGAGGAAACGCAGACAGAAACACCAGGAGUAUCUGAACAGCAUCCUGCAACAUGCCAAGGACUUUAAGGACUACCACCGCUCUAUCACUGCCAAGAUGCAGAAGCAGAACAAGGCCAUCACCACCUGGCACACUAACACAGAGAGAGAACAGAAGAAAGAGACAGAGAGGAUCGAGAAGGAGAGGAUGAGGAGACUCAUGGCAGAGGAUGAGGAGGGCUACAGGAAGCUGAUUGACCAGAAGAAGGACAAGCGUCUGGCGUAUCUGCUGCAGCAGACUGACGAGUACGUAGCUAACCUCACUGACCUAGUCUACGAGCACAAGGCUGCACAGGCAGCCAACAUGAAGAAGAAGAAGAAGAAGCAGAAGAAGAAGAAUAUUGAUGAGAGCGGGGAAGGGAUGAGUGGCAUCGGACCUGACGGGGAGCCCAUGGAUGAGAGCAGUCAGAUGAGUGAGCUGCCAGUCAAAGUGAUCCAGACAGAAACGGGGAAGGUUCUGCAGGGGCUCGACGCCCCCAAGUCCUCACAGUUGGAGGCCUGGCUAGAGAUGAACCCUGGAUAUGAAGUAGCCCCAAGGUCAGACAGUGAGGAGAGCGGCUCAGAGUUUGAGGACGAGGAUGAAGAGGAGGUCCCAGGAGCGUCCAGCCGGCCAGACUCUCAGUCUGAGGAGAAGAGGAUCAUCGAUCCCAACAGUGGCGAGUUCCCAGAGAAAGUAACCAAGCAGAUCAUCGAGUCUGCAAAGCAGGAUGUUGAUGAUGAGUACACGGUGCCAGAGACUGAACUGACCAUCUUCCAGCAGUCCUACUACGGUGUGGCUCACGCCAUCAUUGAGAGGGUCGACAAACAGUCUUCGCUGCUCAUCAACGGCAUGCUCAAACACUACCAGGUGCAGGGUCUGGAGUGGAUGGUGUCUCUGUACAACAAUAAUCUGAAUGGUAUCCUGGCUGAUGAGAUGGGGCUGGGCAAGACCAUCCAGACCAUCGCCCUCAUUACAUACCUCAUGGAACACAAGAGACUCAACGGACCCUACCUCAUCAUCGUUCCACUAUCGACUCUGUCCAACUGGGUCUAUGAGCUGGAUAAAUGGUCUCCGUCCGUUGUGAAGAUUUCCUACAAGGGGACCCCUGCUAUGAGACGAGGCCUGGUGGCUCAGCUCCGCAGUGGGAAGUUCAAUGUCCUCCUCACCACCUACGAGUACAUAAUUAAGGACAAACAGAUCCUGGCCAAGAUCCGUUGGAAGUACAUGAUUGUUGAUGAGGGUCACCGUAUGAAGAACCACCAUUGUAAGCUGACCCAGGUGUUGAAUACCCAUUACGUAGCCCCACGGCGCCUCCUCCUGACGGGCACGCCACUGCAGAACAAACUCCCUGAGCUCUGGGCCCUGCUCAACUUCCUGCUGCCGACCAUCUUCAAGUCCUGCAACACUUUCGAGCAGUGGUUCAAUGCCCCCUUUGCCAUGACCGGGGAGAGGGUGGACUUGAAUGAGGAAGAGACAAUCCUGAUUAUCCGCCGUCUCCACAAGGUGCUCCGCCCCUUCCUGCUCAGACGACUCAAGAAGGAGGUGGAGUCCCAGCUUCCAGAGAAGGUGGAGUAUGUCAUCAAGUGUGAUAUGUCGGCCAUCCAGAGGGUUCUGUACCGUCACAUGCAGGGCAGAGGAAUCCUCCUCACCGAUGGAUCAGAGAAAGACAAGAAGGGUAAAGGAGGAGCGAAGACCCUGAUGAACACCAUCAUGCAGCUGAAGAAGAUCUGCAACCACCCCUACAUGUUCCCACACAUUGAGGAGUCCUUUGCUGAGCACUUAGGCUUCCCGAACGGUGUUAUAAGCGGACACGAGCUGUACCGUGCAUCGGGGAAGUUUGAGCUGCUAGACCGGAUCCUUCCCAAGCUGCAUGUCACCAACCACAGAGUUCUGCUGUUCUGUCAGAUGACAUCACUCAUGACCAUCAUGGAGGACUACUUUGCUUACCGCAAUUUCCUCUACUUGCGCCUCGACGGCACCACCAAGUCUGAGGACCGUGCGGCGCUGCUGAAGAAGUUCAAUGAGAAAGGUUCCCAGUACUUUGUGUUCCUACUGAGCACCAGAGCCGGGGGACUGGGCCUCAACCUGCAGGCUGCGGACACUGUGGUCAUCUUUGACUCUGACUGGAACCCUCACCAGGACCUCCAAGCCCAGGACAGGGCUCAUCGUAUUGGUCAGAAGAACGAGGUGCGUGUUCUGCGUCUGUGUACGGUCAACAGUGUGGAGGAGAAGAUCCUAGCGGCUGCUAAGUACAAACUGAACGUGGACCAGAAAGUGAUUCAAGCCGGGAUGUUUGACCAGAAGUCCUCCAGCCACGAGAGGAGAGCCUUUUUACAGGCCAUACUGGAAACAGAAGAGCAGAAUGAGGUUGGUCACGGUGGCGUGGGAAUAAAGAUUAAAUGCAGUGCCUUGCAGGAGGAAGAGAAAAGUCAGGUGGCUAUGGAGGAAGACGAGGUGCCUGAUGAUGAGACUCUGAACCAGAUGAUCGCCCGUAAUGAGGAUGAGUUUGAGCUGUUCAUGAGUAUGGACCUGGACCGGCGGCGGGAGGACGCCAGGAACCCUAAAAGGAAGCCACGUCUGAUGGAGGAGGAUGAGCUGCCAUCUUGGAUCGUCAAGGAUGACGCAGAGGUGGAGCGGCUCACUUGCGAGGAAGAGGAGGAGAAGAUCUUCGGCCGAGGAUCACGCAGGAGAGGCGACGUUGACUACAGCGACGCCCUGACAGAGAAACAGUGGCUCAGGGCAGUAGAGGAUGGUAACCUGGAGGAAAUGGAGGAAGAGAUCCGUCUGAAGAAGUCGAGGAAGAGGAGGAGACGAGGGGAGAAGGACGGAGGGAGGGAAGAGGGAGGAGAGAAGGCAAAGAAGAGGCGUGGACGUCCCCCUGCCGAGAAGCUGUCCCCCAACCCCCCCAAACUCACCAAACAGAUGAACGCCAUCAUUGACACAGUCAUCAACUACAGAGACAGGUCUAACAGACAGCUGUCAGAGGUGUUUGUCCAGCUGCCGUCCAGGAAAGAGCUGCCAGAGUACUACGAGCUGAUCAGAAAACCUGUUGACUUCAAGAAAAUCAAGGAGCGUGUGCGGAGCCACAAGUUCAGGAGUGUGUCUGACCUGGAGAAGGAUGUGAUGCUGCUCUGUCACAACGCUCAGACUUUUAACCUGGAGGGGUCACAGAUCUAUGAGGACUCCAUCGUGCUCCAGUCUGUGUUUAAGAGUGCCAGACAGAGAAUCGUAAAGGAGGAGGAGAGUGAAGAGGACAGCGAUGAUGACGAUGAUGAUGAUGAUGAUGAUGAUGAGGAAGAGUCGGAGGCAGAGUCUAAUUCAGUGAGGGUGAAGAUAAUGCUAGGUAAGGACGGUGGCGGUAGCAGCAUCGGAGCCCGUCACCAUAACAAGGACAAAGGCAAGAAGAGACUGAGUCGCUCCAAGGCCAAACCCGUCAUCAGUGACGAUGACAGCGACGAAGAUCAGGAUGACAACAAUCAGUCUGAGGAGAGCAGAAGUGAAGAUGAGUGAAGAAGAGGAAGGCUGAUCCUUUGGACUUAACAAGAAAAUCCUUUUAUUUUCUACAGUAUGGCACUUCUUCAAUCAUUUUGGUUUUGUUUGUUCUUUCUACUAUAUGGAUGUUUUCUGUCAGAGCUGUCCCCACCAUAGUGAUGGCAUGUGACUAUGUUAUUAGUACAGUACAGACAGGAUGACAGACAGACAGGGUUUUCUAUGGCAAUAUUCUUAAUAGUUUACCCUACAGGAAUAUUUUAAAGAUCAAACGUUGUGGAGAAUCUAUAUUUUAUGCGUGUUUGCACAUUUUAUAUAUUUAUGCUUUAAUUCAAUGGGAUUAAUAACAAAUUCAGAAUCAACAACAUUUGGUUACAAACACCACAUAUGCUUCCAAAUGCUUAGUUUAUAUAAUUGCUUUUUUUAAAUUGUUUAUAUCAUGGCAGUAUAGAUAUAUCGUAUCUAAUGUUAUAUUUCCCACUACUCAGUCCCAUCAGCAUUAGUCUCCUAUACAGCUCCCCAGCUUGUAGUCCAAACAACAGGAAAUGAUUUGCCUCUGGUUUGUCCAGCCGUUCCUAUGGGGAAAAUGAAUAAGGAAAGAAUGGGGUUUUGGAAUGAAGGCAGAAAAUAAAAGGUCUAAGGUUAACACAGGCUUAGGAGGUCUUAUAUGUUGUGUUUUAUGAUAUAAUAUCAGUCAGUUAACAUGACUUUUAUUAAACUUUAUGUUGUGUGUUUUUUUAUUACAUAAAUGCUUCAAGGCAUCACAAGAAGUGAUGUUAGCUGGUGAAGAUGAUCUCAUGGAACAAAACGUACGAUCUCCUGAGCCUUUGUUUACCACAGAUCUUAUUUCCCUGUUUAUCCAAAAACCCUACAAAAACAUUCAUUUUCCCAUAGGUUUUGUCCAACAAACCAUGGCGGAGUGAGUGCCUACAAAAAGACGCAAUUACGAUUUCUCUAUAUUAUCCUAAGCAAUAUCUUAAUCUCUCCAUACUGCAGUUUAACAGUUACUAGUCCUAGCUGCUGCCAUUAUCUUAAUAUCCCCAUACUGCAGUUUAACAGUUACUAGUCCUAGCUGCUGCCAUUAUCUUAAUCUCUCCAUACUGCAGUUUAACAGUUAGUAGUCCUAGCUGCUGCCAUUAUCUUAAUAUCCCCAUACUGCAGUUUAACAGUUAGUAGUCCUAGCUGCUGCCAUUAUCUUAAUAUCCCCAUACUGCAGUUUAACAGUUAGUAGUCCUAGCUGCUGCCAUUAUCUUAAUCUCUCCAUACUGCAGUUUAACAGUUAGUAGUCCUAGCUGCUGCCAUUAUCUUAAUAUCCCCAUACUGCAGUUUAACAGUUAGUAGUCCUAGCUGCUGCCAUUAUCUUAAUAUCCCCAUACUGCAGUUUAACAGUUAGUAGUCCUUGCUGCUGCCAUUAUCUUAAUAUCCCCAUACUGCAGUUUAACAGUUGGUAGUCCUAGCUGCUGCCAUUAUCUUAAUCUCUCCAUACUGCAGUUUAACAGUUAGUAGUCCUAGCUGCUGCCAUUAUCUUAAUAUCCCCAUACUGCAGUUUAACAGUUAGUAGUCCUUGCUGCCAUGAUCUUAAUAUCCCCAUACUGCAGUUUAACAGUUACUAGUCCUAGCUGCUGCCAUUAUCUUAAUCUCUCCAUACUGCAGUUUAACAGUUAGUAGUCCUCGCUGCUGCCAUUAUCUUAAUAUCCCCAUACUGCAGUUUAACAGUUAGUAGUCCUUGCUGCUGCCAUGAUCUUAAUAUCCCCAUACUGCAGUUUAACAGUUAGUAGUCCUAGCUGCUGCCAUUAUCUUAAUCUCUCCAUACUGCAGUUUAACAGUUAGUAGUCCUUGCUGCUGCUCAUGUAGAGAGAGACCACAUUCUGCAGUAUAUUGAUUUCAUUCUUUAUGGAUUGAAGUGCUCUGUUUUGAUUUACUCAUUUAGAUAUUAGAUAUCAGUUAGAUAUGAGUCAUUAAUCUAGUAGUGAUCUCUCUCUGUUACCCUGCAGUGUUGUUGUGUGGUUGACUAGAUAGACAGACAGGCAGACAGGAUGACAGAUAGACAUACAGGAAGACAGCAUGGUAAAGAGACAGGCAGGAAGAAAAACAGACUGGCAGAGAGAGGCAGACAGACAGGAAGAAAGACUGACAGGCAGAGAGAGAGGCAGGAAGACUUACUGGCUGUAUCUCUGAAUGGUCUGUUCUGGUCUCUUCUGCUCUUGUCAUCUUUGUGGCUGUAUCAUCUUUGUAUUUGUGGUUGUAUCUCAAUGCCCAGAGCAAAAUAAAAUGAAUGAACUGAGUAUUACCUCUGGUUCUACCAUUGUAUUUCUUCAA